CCGGUCGUUAGUUUUAAAAUUUUACCGUCUGUUCAUUUCUUUCACCUUUCAACCACUCCGCAAACAUAAUCAAAUCCCAAAAUAGAAACCCGAGAAUGUUGCGCAAAGAUUGUUUUCUAUAUCCACAGAAAAUCAGGAGUAUUAAACGGGGAAGGGAGAGAAGAGCAACAACGCCAAUCUGCAAGAGAAAGCAAAGAGGCGGCAUCAUGUCCGGCACAUCAAGGGCUUUAACUCUCGCCUAGACGUUGGGUGUUUUGUCUCCCCGUUUAGCUGGUAACGCCAUUGUGCAGUCUCAGAACAACCAGUGAUCGAUAGAAUGGAGUUCCUUAUUAUAUUUUUUCAAGCAGUCGGGCCACAUGCUUUAGUUCCCGGCGCAGGUUUUUACUGCCGCCUGCGUUAUACACUGAGCGAGCAGAAUUUUUAUUAGAAGACCGUCAUGGGCUGUUUAGCAUAGCGAAGGUGGUUCUCUCGUGCAAUGCACGCAGGUACUUGUGGGUACCUUCGCAGACCAAUGUGACCAGGGUGUAAAGAACCCCUGAAGUACUCAGUGAGUAUCGGGGGGUGAGGGGAAAAGUGAGUACCGUAUCUGAACAGAGAGGAUCGUGCGUUGGAUUGGGUAAAGGGGACGGGCUGGGUGAGGUAUGUGGUGAAAGCCUGCAAUCAAUACCGAGAGAAAAUUGUAAAGACCUUCCGGGGCACAUAGCCCUGCAGUCACAACAUAUCUUCGCUUUUAACUUGAAGAGUUAAGUGCUGUGCAGUUUGGCGUGCACGCAGAUUUUAAAGUGGCUUUUUUUUUCUUCUCCAUUGAGGAAGAGGAAUUGAGAAGGAAAUAUGUCGCAUCUCCAUGCCUGCACUUAAAGUAUUAUGCACAUAGUUUCUUGUUUUGGGUCCUGUCAGAGACAAGUAAGAGGUUGCUGGGGUUGUAGACGUAAGCUUUACAGGAACUCGUCGUAAGGCUGUCAAAAUUUGUAAAAAAUUAUAUUUUCAUUCAUUCAUUGGCGCUUUUCUGAAGCAUUUCGCGAAGUAAUAAAUUAUAAGAUUUUUCACAUCGUCAAACAGUAUGUAUUUAAAUAAAUUUACACAUACACAGAAACGCUAGAACAUGCACACUUAUAUGCACACGGAAGACCCCCAUUGAGAAUCCACGACUGCUGACUGCUAUCUGGUGCUGAAUCAUUGUCGUUUUGCUACGGUCCUACUCUGUUGUGGGUUUGCUUUUGGUCUUAUUCCGACUUGUUCUGUCCUUUGACCAGUCCCACCCCGACAUCACUUACUUCAUCAGUUAACAUUUCUUUUGGUUUCUUUUCUUUUUUCCCACUCUUUUCCGCUUUCUCUUCCUCUCGUUUCUUCAGUGCCGGUUGACCACUUUUCCCCCUCAAGAUUAAUAUUUCGUAAAGUUAUCACAGUAUUUUUAUUUAAAGUUGUAAAGUCACCCUUGAGGUAGAUUUCAUAUUCUUCCCAAAUCGGUUGCAAGCCACCCAUGGUGAAAGCGGAGAGUGUCAAGGCGGGUAUCAUGCCGGACCGCAUAUUACCGAUAAGCGCGUUCUGACGAGUUGGGUGGGUGCGUUGGGGAAAAUAGAAGCAAGUUCUUCCGCUUUCCAGGCGCCAGCUUUCUGUGCAGAAAAGUGAUCUGAACAACUAAUGCGUCUCAUGCACGAAACAGCAGGCAUUCCUUUGUGGAAGAAAAUAAAUCUCGGUCAAGUGCUAUGCAGCCAUGUAUUAAAUAUCUGUUCCUGAUUAGAAAAUGUGAAGUGAUUCUGGAGCUAAUUAACGUAAAUUAACCAUAAGAUCACUAAACACUCCACCACCACCACCACCAUCAUCAUCAUCAACAUCACCACCAACUCAUCAUCUUUAUUUGUGCAGAAUUACUCCACGAUAAUAUAGCAGCGAAAGCUGUGACAUCUUAUUUGUCAUAUAGUAACUUUAAGUGUGUGUAUGUGCGGGGAGGUUGGUGUUUGGCUGAGCCAGCAACUAAGACUGUUUCACGGCAAAGCAGCCAACCCUGAAACGAACUUUAAGUGGAACUAGGCAAUUUCCCACAAAGUCUAGACUGAAAUUGUCGACGCGUCCGCAGCCAGAGACCUUUUAAGUAACUAAAGGGGUCUUGUCUACAAGCUUUUAGAGAAGCAUUAUAUGCUGCAGACGGCCUUAAGUGGUCAGAGAGAGCCAAGCGUGGACAGGGCUGGGUCUUGGUGCGCCGGUCGUACCUAGCGGAGGGACAGAGAGGAUUUGUCACACUUGGCCGGUGAGAGUUAUCAGCAGGGUAUGCUGGGGCCUUGGGCUACCCGUGAAAGGUAGAAAUUCGACGCCAAGGCCGCCAGAAGUCAUCGUUCUUAGACGAGAAGAGAUCAUCAGUGUAUUCGCCAUGCUCCGAAGCACCGAAGUCGGGAAGAUUACAUUGCAUCAGGUUGGUGUUCCUAUGGGAGCUGCUUGGCACUGUUCAUCGCGGCACGUGCUGUAUAACUGUAGUCGCGUGGACAAGCAGUCAUCGAAUAAGCCACGGGCCGUCCCUGGACUGGGACAGAGCUCGGUAUCCGAUUCGCCUGGCAGAGCGGUUGUCGCUCUUUGACGUGAUUGGCGGAUCGAGGAGGACAGUGACGACAGACAGUCGGCCUGGGGACUACGAGUGGAGAGUUCCGCGACUGUCGGCUGGAGACCUGCUACUCACUUAAUUACAAGCGUGGACUAAGGCGGCGAAAGAAUUCGCAGAACGAGAGCAGCAGUAACAACUUCCGGAACUAAGGUCACGUGCGUGUGUGUGAGAGUGGAUGGUGGUUAUAACGGGAGUUAACAGCACUGUAGCACUGGAAGUACGGAUAGAACUGGGACCCUUUUUUAGCUGAACCGAAUUGUUGUAUGUAUGUGUGUAUUUCGUAUAGUUUGUAUGUUGAAUAAAUAUUUUCUUGUACUUUGGCACAUGGGCGGUACUUGUCUUGAAGAAAUAGCUCCAGACCCCAUGGUUUGUCUUACCUCCACUCAGAAGAGUGUCCUGUCGAGAGAGUUUCAUCACUUCCAUCAGGCCGUCAAUUCCGUGUAUCGGCAUGCAGGACCAACAGAUUGAGGCUGUCCUUCGUUGCUACAGCCAAGGGACUUGUGAACGCUAGUGUGUGCGAAUGAAUGUAGAUCAUAUAAUAGGCUGAACCACGAUUGUGUGAAGGUCUACAUGGUGGAGGGGAUAUGCUUGUGUUGCGAUGUUGUGCUUUCAUAUAGAGCUGCAUCUAAUUUGACCUUUGGAAUAAAUAAAGUCGUAUCUUAUCAAAGUCUCUGUGGUCACAUCUGUAGACCGUGCUCAGGACGGAAACCUCUAGAUUACGAUCAUGUAAGCAAGUAUAGCCCCUCCGCAACCCUUUCGGGCUACAACUUGGGAAAAGUUACCCCUACUUCAUGGCUACGGGCCCUGGUCGAUCCGUGUUCUGGCAGCAAAUCCUUGGCAGCGAUGUUCCUUUCGGAUGAAGCCCUAAAGUUCUGCGCGGACAAAAUGACAGGAGCCUGGCUGCCAUCCAGGACUUGCCUACAGCCCCCCCGCUCCUCUCCACUCCACCCCAGGUGGCCUGGCGCCGGCUUUGUCAUAUCUGCGCAACGGUCGGAGAUGCUCUUGUCAGAAGCAACCAGCUGCACAACAUUGUGUUCUGCGGUGAAGGGCGUUGCAUGUUUAGAAUUUCCUGCUUUUGUGUGGUUUUUGUUGUUGUUUUGUGCAGGGAACAAAGCUUUUCCUCCUGCAAUCACGUCUCGUAUCCAGUGUUUGCGGCAUUUAGCUUUGAGGAUGGUGUCUAAUGGACUAGUUCUUUGCUAUUUGUUUUAGCGCCUGCUCGCUUUAUAUUAUCAAGUUUUUUUUAACUCUUUUAAAUAUCGUCGAAUUCGAACUCGGAAAACAUGCUUAGAAGAUAUUUACCAUUUUUGUAAUUUGAGAGGCUUCUAAAGUCUCCCGGUAAAUUGCUCAUAAUAGUGCGAAAAUCUGAUUAAGCUGCGCCAAACAUUUGUUAGAAGUGCGAUUUAUAUUUUUGUCGUUAGUAUGUCUCCCUCUCUUUACUGCCCUUAAUUAAUCUUUUUCUCAAUCAUCGAUCUCUCUGUUAAAGAUACACCGCUGUCUCUUUAAUUCUGACUUUUUCCGCCAACCCUCAUCUUGUCUCGUUCCCGGUAGAUACUCCCUCCUCCUGACUCACUCCUCCCGCCGCCGCCAUCAUCCUCAUCGUUUAGCAUGACAUACGUGUUGAAUUAUGCAUGAAGAGAGGAAAGAUAAGUGGAGGAGUUCAGCAUUGUUGUUGAUAGUCGGCAUUCGUGUGACCGCCGAACAUCAUGACAGGAAAUCUGUGUCUUUCCUGGAGACGAUGGUCAGCCAUCUUCUUCACUGAUUGCAUCUUCUCGAGAUGCCGAUGUGUGAUGGCGUCUGAAAUUUCCGAACUCUUUGCACUCCUGUCUGACGAGAUAGAUAGUUCCUUUAGAAUUUCUUUAUCUGCAUUCCUUAAAAAUACAAUAUCUCCUCGUGUGUGUGGAGGGAGAAUAGCCAUACUUUGCACAAAAUGGCAUAUUUUGCAUAGAUACUAAUAAUACAGGUACUAAUAUCUUGUUUGAUGUUACAUAGCUACCAGGCGGCCUUAUUUUGUCUGCACAUUGAGUAAAUAAUUCUGCAGAAAACCAUGAACUUAAUUAUGCUAAUAUGUACUUUCUGUGUCACGUGUCUGCCUACAACAGCAAACAGACAAGAAAUUGUUACAUCGCUUUCAGUGAUGAUAUUCUAAGAGAGUAACUGCAGCAAAGACUACUUAGAUAUUUGCCGUUGGUAAUGUUGAAAAUCAAACACGAGCAAAAUUUUUUUUCCUUGAAGGACCACAGACAAGUACUUUUUCCUAGUGCAGGUCCUAUUGCUUUCGCAGUUUGUUUUUAAAUGUACGCAGCUUAAAGAUUCAUUAUCUUAGCCUGCUGAUCAUCGUGCGCUAAAUGUUUGUUUACAAAACACAAACGAACAAAAACAAAGAUCAAAAUAAUUUCAUAAACAUCGUAAUUGUUUUAGACAAUAAUAACGAGAGAUGAGAGGGUUCAACCUACGACACGUGAGAGGGUAGAACUGACAACAGCAUCACAGCAACCAGUAAGGGUGUGAACACACGGAUGGGUCAGGCUGAAGAAACCUGUUUAUCCCCUUUCCAACCAUCUUCCUACUUCUCAGCCUCCAUUAAUGACCUUGAACUUUUCCCGAUAGAAAUGGCGCUGCUCCUACCCGUUCCUUGCCUGCGCAACUCAUUUUAUUUAUUUUCUUUUAUUACUGGUCCGCUAGUGCUCAGCUGGUGCUAUGCUCCCCAUCAUGAAGAUGCCAUUUGACGCUGAUUGAGCACGAGCACUGGGAGGAACUCGGCGGAAGACACUAAAUGCUUUGCGAGUGAGACACACGUUGAAACAUUCGCCGUGUGGUUGGACCAGAGAACAUGCAGCAGCCUUUUAUUCUCUGGCACGUGCUUGGAACCAUGGCGAGAGCCAGCAGGGUGUUUGGAAGAUGCUAGCGGCGUUUGUAUACCUGUGUCAGGUGUUAGGGGCUGACCUCAUCUUCCCACUUCUCGCUCACCUGUACUUAUGUAACACUAUUAGUAGGUCUGUUUUUCCUACUUUAGAAAACGUCCUAUGUGAUCAGGAAAAUCCUUAAAGUUUGUUCGCUAAAUAUGGAAACGAAUAUGUUUUAAUUAUAAUAAUUAUAUAAUAAAUUUGUAAUAACAGAAUACGUUUUCCUUCUUGCUAGCGAGCUCAAUGCGCUUAACAAAGGAGUAUUAAGAAAAACAAAUACAUUAACACAGUUUGUAAAUCACAGAUACAAAAAGGGGUUAGGAAAGGAGAGUGGGAGAAAAUUGGUGAGAAAUGGGAGGCAAAUAGGUGGAAAAUGGGCCAACGGUUCGAAGAUGGUCACUGUUGCAGAAACAGUAGGGCCAGGGUGUUCAAGACGAUGACGCCAGAGAAGGAAAAAGCGGAGCAGCCAAAAAGCUCUCUCCUUUUAUACGAGGUUCUUCAGCGCAGGGAGACAUCAGAGGCCUCAGCAACCGACUUGACUUACACGCGGCAGCAUUUUCAAAGCCCACCUUAAAGCACAAAACAAGCUCGUGAACUGCGAGCACUUUACCUUUCUCAGCAUUUAAAGAGAAGAAAAAAAAUUGAAAGAGAAGCUAAAAUUUCUGUCGAGGGUGUAACCUUCUAACGAGUCAGUCAGUUCUGUAACCUUUGACCAGCGUACCGUGUGCUUCUGCUCAUAACAGUCGGGUCCCCUCAGAACGGAAUCGAAUCCCUGACGGGCGCAGGCGUUGGGGAAUGUUGGCGCAAAAGUCGAUCCGUUUAAUCAAGGCCUGGCGUUGGGCUAUGGGUGAUGGUGUGCACUGUUUGCCACGCUCCCGAGCACGGACUCGAUUGUGGCUGGUGCCCUUCUCACCUUCCGGUCUCCAGUCCACGAUGCUGACGUCGUGAAAAACCAGUAAUUCGGUCACGGCAUGCCAUUACGUAAUGCUGUCCUCCCAUUAUCCUUCUAUCUCGAAUAAAAUGUUUAAAGAAAGAUAUUUGGCGGAAGAACAAAGAGUGACAAAGGAAAAACAGAUAAACUGCAUUACCGAAGCACGCGUAAAGAAAUUGUAUUGUUCUUGCCACGGAUUAUUCGGAUGAAGACUUUUUAACCGGACAGACAUGGGCAAACGUUUGUCCAAGAUGGGCAAAAGUUUCUACACGACGGUUAAAUAAAAUCUUUGUCCAUCUUGGUCAAAUGUUUGCUCUUAUUACUCCGGUUGCGAAGGACAUAAAAUCUGUUCGCCUCAAGCGCUCUUUGCUCACUGUACCCGUACAAGCGAAGCAAAGUCCUUGCAAAUUCACGGUGCUUCCAGCACAUCGAUAGACAAUAAUCUACUUCAUGCACACCCUCUUUUUUUUUCCUCCCUGUCAUUCUUCACUCCUCUUUCGUGCACACCUCCCUGGCCCAGCCUCAAGACAUGUGUAUUCAGCAUUGGCAUUGCAACAGCGGAACUACGUGUGCGCAUGAAUGGAAUUGCUCGUGGCCAGCGCCAGGCAGCGACUGCCAGUGUUGCAGGACAGGUCUGCAGCUGCUGCCGGAGCCUCCUGUGCAAAUCAAUAGCGAGGGAUGGCGGGCGGUCUGCAGCGCGAGGCAACGCGACACGGCGCGAGCUGCAGGUCCACAGUGGUGCGUGGGUGGUCGCGUCCAGGCCUUGCAGCUUGCGACACUGAUGAGCCAGGUCUGAUGACUAAUGAUCGAAAAUUAAUUUAAAAUAAACCUCAUUUCCAAUCUUUAUUGUUCACCUUUUUAAUACGUCGGAUGUCAGCUCAUCCCCUUCUCCAACCCUUUUCAGGAACAUGAAAUAAACUUAGCAAAUGGUGGCUGUACGAUGUCUGUAACAUAUUUAUAUUUUUGGUGUACAGUUUCACGAAGGAAAAUAACGAAUAAUCAGUUUGAAAAUAAAAGGUUUAUUUUUUGUAUUUUUUUUUUUUAUCCAUAGGAUCAUUUUUACAUUAAUUUCACGUCCCUGUGUUACACAUAUUGAAGCCAGCUUGCAGUUUCCUGGGAGAGGGACCUUUUAAAAAGGAUAUGCAGCUGUUGAGAUGUUUGAUUAGAAAUAUCACAUUUUCAUUGCGAAAGAUUUGAUUUUUAACACCACAGACGUCACCUCCUGUCUUGCUGACGCACACAUGCUUGAAUACCUGAGCUGCCGACUUCUUUGUGAAAUGUUGAAAUGUCAGCUUGCAUCAGCAGACACCUCGGAAAAGCAUUUCGGGCCUAUGAGGAAAGCUGGGACCGUCGUCUGCAGCUUCUCUGCUGCUGUGUGGAGCGAAAAGGAAGGAACCAGAGCUCCAUGUCAGAGAUAGCUCAGCUGUUCACAGAGUUCUUCCGUGAUCUGGAUGUAGUGCCAUCAGAUGUUGUGGCAGGCUUAGUGCUGCUGAGACACCACCAGAAGCAGCGCAUGAAGAUGGUCGUUGCUCAGGGUACAAGUGGUAUCUACCAAUACCUGUCAGGUGUGCCUAUCACACCCAACACCCGGUUUCUGCAGCUGACACAGCCAGAAGUGAUGGGGGAGUUCAUCAAGGUCAUUCACUACAUGCGCUACGCCUUAGCAGCUUAUGGGUGGCCUGUUUUCGUCAUGAUGAACCCUUGUACUUGGCUGUGCCGUUUACUGCCUGUGCUAAGCUGCUGCUGCUGCUGUUCUAAAGGUCACCCACACUCCACCAUUGUGGAUGACAACUGCUGCGGCUGCAACUUUGCCUCUCUGAAGCGCAUUAGUGGUCUUCAUGACCUAGAUAUUGUCUAUGCAACAUACCAUGUAGAUAUUGGUGAAACUCCAUUUUAUGUUGCUUUAGACCAUGAAUUUGGCAAGGUUGUGGUAUGUGUUCGAGGCACUUUAUCCCUGCAGGAUGUUCUUACAGACUUGAAGGCUGAGCCAGAAACAUUACCACUUCAACCACCCAGAGAUGACUGGCAAGGGCAUAAGGGUAUGGUUCAGGCAGCAUUGUACAUUAAGAAAAAAUUGAUCGAUGACAAGAUCUUGGAAAUGGCAUGGGAAAGAGAUGAGGAGUAUUGCCGUAGCUCAGAUUGGUUGAAAACGGGCCGGGAUGUUGCCAAAUAUGAUUUGGUGUGUGUUGGACACUCCUUGGGGGCUGGGACUGCAGCCAUACUUGCUAUUCUACUGAAAAAUGAGUAUCCUACCCUUCACUGUUAUGCCUUCUCACCACCUGGGGGCCUCCUCACGUUGCCUUGCGUUGAAGAAACCAAAUCCUACAUAACAUCUGUUGUCAUUGGGAAAGAUGUUGUGCCCAGGAUUGGUCUGCCACAGCUGGAAAUGUUACGUACAGAUAUAAUUAACCUCUUAAAAAACAGCAGAAAAUCCAAGUGGAACAUCAUUUCAAAAGGAUUUUGCUGCUGCAGCAAUGAGAGGUUCUUUGAUGAGCGAAAUUUGUACCAAGAACGUGAUGUGACAGCUCACCCUAGCAAUUCUCAGAUUGGGCUAUCAGCACAUGCACCUCUUUACCCUCCAGGCAAAAUGAUCCAUGUCGUGCGCAGCCAUGCUUCAGAGAAGAAGGGUGGUUGUAACUCAUCGGAACCCAUUUAUCAAGCUUUAUGGGCAUCCAAUGCUGACUUUGAUGAGGUGUUGGUUUCCCCAACCAUGAUCAAUGACCACAUGCCGGACAAUGUGUUAGAAUCCCUGGAAAAAGUAUUGCUUCGCAUUGGUCCACAGAAGCCUAUACGUACCAUGACAGAGGCUGAACGUCAAGCUUUCAUGUCACUUUGUACUCCAUCAGCCAGCACUACCCCUUCACCUAGCCAGGCACAGGGUUUCUUGGAGACUAGCUUCACUUCAGAUCCACCACUACACCUUCAGCCAUCUAGUGGGUCUGAUACCAAUAACGUGACAAAGAGCUGGGACUAUGCAGCUGAACAAAUUCUUCAGUGCUCAAAUCAUGGUGGAGAGGUCAUCGUUCCUGAUUCCUAUACCAAGCUGAGCCAUCAGGAAGUGCCAAGAAACCCACGAAACCAACAAUACUUUACUCUGCCACUGACUUCGGAACCUGUCCAGGCUCCAUUGGCCAGUCCAGAAACACUGUCCAUGGCAUCAGGUAUUUUGCUGGGGCUGGCAGGACAUGGACACGUGGAUGGUAAUGGUCAUGGUCACCGCAACAACAUGCAUCACCCGCAGAGCAACUCUCCACCAAAGACUACUGCUUCUCGUCCCUAUUCAUCAGCCCAUACAGCACCUUCUAACAUGAGGUCAGCCAAUGCAAAUUCAGUAACCGAUGUGGACUUGCCAGUGACAAGGGAGGUUUCAAAACACAGGAACAGAAACAGCAGAAAUGAAAAGAAUAAAAGCAAAGAAGAAAAUGAACAUUUUAAAAAUCAGAUUGAUAGAGAGAACAGUGUUUGGAAGAAGGAAGAGCUACAUCAAGGGAAUGGAAAAGGUGAUGGCAUAGUUGUCUCAAGUUUCUUGCAAACUUCUGCAAGUCAAAAUUCAGCGCAUCCUAACUGUAACAGGAAUGAAGGUACACCUAUGCCAAACCGUGGCACUGACACUGAUAUGUCACUAAGAACAGUACUCUGCCAUGACAGUGAGCAGCCAAGCCAAUCCCAAAAUAGUAUUUCCAUGACUGUUUCAUGCCCCACUGAGUCUCAUCCAACAUGUCAAAAGAGCAAUUCAAAGAAGUUUAGGGACAUCAAAAGGAUGUCAGAAACCAUGAAUUUACCUGCAGUUUCAUCAUCAAAGAGUGAAUCUACCAUCUCUUCAACCUUGAUGUCUGGACUGAACCCAGGAUCAGCUGGUGACAGGGGAACAACGACCAUACAGACAGUUGCGGAGCUUCCGGUCAGUUAUGAAACCAGCCAUAAUCUUGGUGUGGGAAAGUUGUCGGCUGCCCCAGAAGACUAUGCAUCGGGUACUGCGACUCUGAACACAUGCCCCAGGAACUCGCCAGUAGAAACCACCCAGGGGGAGUACGAGCACCCAAACCUAUACUAUUCACAAGCUAGCACAGGGUAUCCACAUGGUGCUUACCAUCCUCCCAUACGAUAUCCUGUACAGGCUCAGCUGCGUGCUCCUUUCUCAUCAGGCUGUUCCUCACAUUUGCGCCAUGCUGCACCCACUUUAACUUCUAUCCACCCCCAUCGCUUUGUACACUGUCAGUCUGAAUCUAGUAUCUUCUCCAAGCACUUACCACCAAAGCUGAGUAUGAAACGGUCAGCGGAGCAAACCGACAUCUGUCAUCUUAUAGAUGAAACAGAGAUAUAUGACGACGAAAAAGAUCUCUUUGCCAUUAAGCGCUCAGCAGAACAGACAGAUAUUUCACACCUUCAAGAUGACACAGAUGUGUUUGAGCUGGAGGACAUACUUGGGGAACUAUCUACCCAACAAGGACGUAUGUCUGCUGUGCACAGCACAUCUCUUUCUUCAACAGUGGGAAGUCCCUCAACCGAGGAUGCCACCAGCACUAGACAUGCCUCCAGCUCCCAGUCUGUACAUUCUAAUGACAUCUUUGAAUCUCAGGGGCCUAUGGAAGUGCAAGGAGAGACAGACGUGUAAAGUUCUGUGAACAAUGUUGUUUGCACAUGUAUGCAUUUGUUAAGGUACUCUGGAAUGCUUGUGUUGGAACCUUUCAAAGGGAUGUUCAUUCUGAAAAUAUCCAGAACCCUCUUUCUCAUUGGUUUUAUAUUUUAUUUUGUUUGAGCAAUGGUUCCCAGUUCCAGAAGCAUUUAUAACAUGAAAAGUUUUUGUGCUCGGACCUGUUUUAGUUCCAUGUCAAAAUGGAAAUAUUUAUACAAAUAUUGAAAGGUUUAUUUUAUUUUGUUCAUGUUUAAGAAACAGUGAAGGGGCCAGUCAAAGCACCUUUUAUUAUGUAGUUAAAGGAAAGAGUUCUUGAAGAUCACAUAGACUAGCAAAAUUUGGUUGACUGAUAUUUAGCAUAGUUUGAUUGAAAUUGUUUUAGAGAAUGCAUUUUUGUGUGCAUCUUUGUUGUUUAAAUUCAAGAGAAAAAUUCACAGGUCAUUCAGGCUUUUAUCAAAUAUAGUCUCUUUAACAAUGCUAAUGAAAAUAUAAUUACCUACCAUAUGUUAUUCAUCCACCCUACAAGUCUAAAUAGAAGAACUGAUGUAAAACUUUGCAUAUGAGUUUAUGGCAGAUCUUUACAUUUAUGGCAAAUCAUUGUGUUUAUGGCAAAUCAUUAUGCUUAUGGCAAAACAUUAUGUUUAUGGUGAAUUAUCAUGUCUAUACUGUGGUGGUGCAUGCAAGAAACUCAUUCAGCAGCUCUGUGGAGUUCAGUGCCUCACUAUUUGAGCUCAUCGUGUGACAAAGGUCAACAAUAGCCAUAACCUGGCUGGAACGAGAAUGUAUGAAUGUAUUCGUUAGAUGCAGAUGUGUAAGUCUGUGAGCAUGUGCCUCUGGUUAACUCAGUGAUUGACACCGUGUCUGGCUAACUAGUCAGUUUACGGAAGCAUGGUGUGUGAGGAAAAAGUAUUAGCUAAUAAUGCACUUCUUGCGCAAAGAAUUUUUACAGAGAGGUGAGUCUCAUUGUUUUUAUUCAUUUGUCAACUUAUUUUUUUUUUUUGAUAUUUUUUUAACUACAUUUCUUUUCUGUGUUAAAAGGUAUUGUUUCAUUAGAAAGAUGAGAUUGGUUUUUCUAACUAUCUCUGGUGCAUUCUGCUUUUCUUCAGUUGUUUUCUUAUGGUCUUAGAUGCAUGAAGGAGGCAAACGAUAUGUUCCUCUUUAUAUUUCCCAUUUCCACACUGUCUUUGAGUUAGCCUUUGUCUCUUACUUUUGCAUUUGGCCUUCCACUUUCCUUUCGUUGGCAUUCUGAUAUUCUUGCUCACCUUCCUUCCUUCCAGUUUCGUGUCUUGCUAUCACAUUGCAAAGUUUCAUUUUCUAGCACAUAGUUUUGUAUAUGCAAUGCAAUGUAGGGACAUUGACUUUAUUGGGGACACACUGGGUUUGUUGUUUUUUAUAAUUUUUCCAAGAUUUUUUUUCUUAAUCCUUUUAUUACACUGUAUUUUAAAACUAUUUUUCAGGAGAGAUUUACCUUUUAAAUUGUUUGUGAUUUACUGUAAAACCAUGCAAUAUAAAUAACUGGACAAUUCUUUUUACAGAGAUAAAUGUGCUGUGCGUGUACUAUAGACGUGAUAAAGUUGAAGCUGUAUAACAGAUUGGUCUCAUGCUUUGUCACUGUCUCAAGUAUCUUGUAUCACUGUUAUGCUUUUUGUGCCAUUUUUCUAAAGGUAAUUUUUUUUGUUUGGUUUUGGCUUGGAGGUGGGUUGGGGGGAAGUGGAUUGGGGACUAUUAGUUCUUUCUCACAACCAAGUCUCAGAAAUGAUUCAUGAAUGUUAUUCUGUUUACCCAGCACAAUCACAGUGGCGUCGUUCUUGUGAAGGGUGGUGUGUCUGUUUUAGCCAAGGAUUCAGUGAUGUAACAUUUUGUUUACUUAGCAGUCAUUAGGUACAGUUAUUUACUUUGAAUAGUGUUCCUAAUUUGUGAAAAAAGUGAAAUAAUUUAGACCGAGAUUUCGUGACCCAUUUUUCCCACUGUAAAUAAAAGCUAAAAUAUCUUAAUGAGAUGCAAGUUCAUGAAGUAAGUUUGAUCCUCAUGUUCCUCUUCAACAGUGCCUAAGAUUCUAAUGAGAAGUUGGAAAAAAAAAAGGACAAAUAUUGCAUUCUUUGGCAAAUCAUUAAAUCCAUGCUUCAGUCAACAAAAUAUGUCAGGAAAUUGUUGCCUUUUUGAAUCUGUGAACUUCACUGAAAACACUGUGAAUGUCACUGUAAACACUGUGAAGUUUGUUUAAAACACUGUGAAGCUAUGAGACUUUCUGUCUAGGAGAUUGCAGAUGGAGAAGAGGAGAAAGCUAACAACUAAUGUAUGGCAAUAUUAGCAGGGAUGCCAAACGAUAUAUAGUCUUAUAUUUUGUUUGCAGAUUUGUAAUAGUUGUUGUUAACAGGUAUGCAAUAGCUUAGAUUUUGAGGCCAGGUGGCAGGGCGUAAAAAGCAGUGAUGUCCAGUUCACCUGGUCUUAUAAGUUUUUCUGGUUUUUAUUGUUGUUGAUUUAUUUUAAUUUUCUUUGGGUACCAUGUGUGUCUUUCUUGCUGCUUUAUCUUGUGAACAUGUACAGAGACAAACAAAACUAAACAGAUGAAAUAAAAUUUACAUCCC